UGAUCUCUUUGUAGAACGGUUUUGUCAAUACUAUUAGAAUAUGCAGUUACAAUAAUCAUUAUAGUAUAAAUCUCUCAUUGAGACAAAAUACCGUUUGCAACAUCGGUAAUGUACGGAAAUUAUGGAUAGUGUGGUGUUUUAAAAGUUUAAAUGUGUGAAAUAAUGGUGUGAGGAGGAUAUCUGAGCUUUUUAUAGUGAUGUGAGGCGAUAGUAGCAAAAAUAUGCCAUAUAUGGGAUGGAAAUCAGAAUUUUGGAAUGCAAUAUGCGUGUAUCUAGGUUUAUCUUUGAAUCAAUUCAAAUGAUGCUGAAUUGUUUGUGUAUUAUUGUGUAGAAUAUGCACUUUUGUGCGUUGGAAAUUUCUCAACACAUUUUAGUUGUUUAUUUACGUCUGAAGUAAAGUCUGAUCGUUCGCAUCUCAGCAUAUAGAGAGUUUCCCAGUUGACGAUUUUAUUAGAAAACAGCAAAACAUUCAGUGGUACUUGGUGAAUCAAUAACAUUCUCACUGUAUUAAGAUAUCAGGGGUCUCAUUUUGAGGAAAUUCGUAUUUGCUUAGUGCGUCUAAUCAGUGUUUUUGUACAUUGAAGUGUAAUUUAUUUUGUGCAGAUAUUUUUAGAUUUGCAGUAUCAACAUUGGAUGAAAAUCUGCAGCUGUCUUAUUUGUGGUGGUGUGAUUGAAAACGAGGAUCACUAACCUUAAUGAUGUGUUUGAGGGAAUUGCAUUACAGAAAAUGUAAUUUUUGCUACACAAAUGUAUUUGAAGAUGAAGAACAAUAUUGAACAUCUAAUGAUCUAUGGAUUUUAUAAUGUAGCCUGAAGCUUGGAAAGAUUGAAUAUCAUUCUGUAAUGUAUGAGGGAUGACUGCAUGCUGAUUUUUGAAGUGAAAAGAAAAGAAAGUGAAGUUUAUUAUCACAUGCUGGAAUUUAAAGUAAGACAUUUAUAGAGUUUAUUACAAGCAUGUUUGAAGUAUAAGGACAUAUGAAGGAUUUACUGCAAAAAUGACUUCAGUUGAAGUGAGGCACAGUCCUUGUUUAAGUGGUAAGAGGGAAAUGAGUCCUCUAGAUUCAAGGAGGGUAACUCCGCAAUAUGAGAAUACUUCAAGGGAGGUGACUCAAGGCAGUCCUUGUCUGAUUAAAGGGCCAGAUGUGUGCAAUAAUGAACCAGGUUGUGAAGAAGAGUUGCAUCAGGCAAUGUCCAUGAGACUGGUCUCCUCAGGCAGCUAUAAUGUUCGGGCGUCAGAAAUGGCGCACUACCCUCAAGACCGCCAGCCAAAAGUCAUCCCCUGUAUUGUACAUUUCUUAGAUGACAGUCAUGAAACAUUUGAAGUAGAUAAACGAGCAAAAGCUCAGCAUUUACUGGACAAAGUGUUUGAUCAUCUGGAAUUGAUCGAGAAGGACUACUUUGGGUUACAGUUUCUCGAUUUGUCCCCGGAUCCUGACACCGUAGUGAGGGAUAAAAUGGACGAGGAAUUGUAUGAAAAUGUACUGCAACUUCCAAUAGAGAGAUGGCUUGAUCCACUGAAAACAAUAAAAAAGCAGUGCAGAGGCCCAGCAUAUGAGUUCUUUUUUCGUGUAAAAUUUUAUGUCACAGAUCCAAGCAAAUUAGCAGAAGAAUACACAAGAUACCAUUUUUUCCUUCAAGUAAAACGUGAUAUUUUAGAAGGUAGAUUACAUUGUCCAAGAAGUACAGCGGCACUUCUAGCAAGCUAUGCUGUACAGUCCGAGUUAGGGGACUUUAAUCCAGAUGAGCACAGAGACGGGUAUUUGUCAGAAUUUCGGUUUGUACCAGCCCAAGAUGAAGAGUUUGAGAAAGAAGUAGCAAAACAUCAUCAGUCGCAUAGGGGUCAGACUCCAGCUGAUGCAGAAUACAACUAUCUGGACAAAGCAAAACGUUUAGAAAUGUAUGGUGUUGAUCUACACAAAGCAAGAGUUACACAAAUGUCCAAGGAUAGAGUUCUUCCACCAAGGCUGACAAAGGACCAGAGUAAUCUAGAGAUACAUUUAGGAGUGACGUCAGUUGGCCUUGUAGUCUUUCAAAAUAAUAUGAAAAUAAACACAUUCCCUUGGUCUAAAAUAGUAAAAAUCUCCUUCAAAAGGAAACAGUUCUUCAUCCAGUUAAGAAGGGAACAAAAUGAUACAGUGGAAAACCUUAUAGGUUUCAACAUGGUUAGUUACAGAUCUUGUAAAAAUAUGUGGAAAUCCUGCGUCGAACAUCACACCUUUUUUCGUCUACACACUCCAAACCCUCCGUCUAAAAAGAUGUUUUCUUUAGGGUCAAAAUUUAGGUACAGCGGUAGGACAGAGUUCCAAACCCUUGAGGAAUCGAAACGCCGAGCGAAAAUAGAGCGCUCAUUCUGCAGGUCACCGAGUAAAAGGUACGCACGGCGGACAGUCGGAGGAAAUACAAGACAUGUUAUAUUAGUAGAGAAAAACACUAUUGACGGGUAUAGAAAUAUACCUAAAUCAAAAACAUUUUCCGGCACGACCCAGAAUUCAAGUCAUCAGUCUUUUCAUCGUUACGACGGCGUAAAUCAUCAUCAGCGAGCAACAUUACCACACGAUUAUAAGAUCGGAUCAUCAUCGCAAGGGUCGCUUCAUUCAGAAAAAUCUGACGAUGAUGGUGGAUUCCUUGCGCACAAUGCCACCAAGGACACAUAUCCCGCACCAAUUCCGACAAAGAAGGUCAACUUCACCGGGAACGGAGCAGCUAUUACCGACGCCAAUCAUAACACUGGCAACAACAUCUGUGAUCUUCCAGCAUAUAAUGACUGUAUCCCUAAUGGCAAUGGUUACCUUGAUGGACAGGGUCUGGUUACCAAUCCGGAUGAUCCCCGGAUGAUCCCAGGUGGCCCAGAUUGCUUCCAAUGUCAGGUGACGUAUCCUCAUUAA